AUGGCAUCGUCUUUUGCAUCUUUCUUUGCUAAAGACAAGACGUUUCGUCCCAAGAAGAAAUUCGAACAGGGUACAAUGCGAUACUCGCUUCAUAAACAAGCCAGUGCUUCGUUAAAAUCCGGUCUUGAUUUGAAAGAGAUUGUUAAACUACCUGACAAUGAAGAUGAAGAUGAUUGGAUUGCUGUACAUGUGGUCGACUUUUUCAAUCGAAUCAAUCUGGUCUACGGGAUUAUUACUGACUAUUGUACUCCGCAAAGUUGUCCAACGAUGUCUGGCGGACCUCGAUAUGAAUAUCGAUGGUGUGACGGUGUAAAAUAUAAAAAGCCAACAUCAUUAAAUGCGCCUAGUUAUAUAACUUUACUGAUGGAAUGGGUCGAAACGAUCAUCAAUGAUGAAGCGAUAUUUCCUGUACAAGUCGGUACCCCGUUCCCGAAGAAUUUUCGUUCGACAUGUAAAAAAUUACUAUCACGAUUAUACCGGGUGUUUGUUCAUGUUUAUGUACAUCAUUUCGAUCGCAUUAUUGACUUGCAAGCGGAACCGCAUGUCAAUAUGUGUUACAAACAUUUCUGCUACUUUUGCCACGAAUUUGAUUUGUUGAAAAGAGAAGAAAUGGCUCCGUUGUAUGAAAUGACCAAUCGACUGUGUCCAGAGGUACUUGGUGUCGUCAAAUAA